AAAGCGUCGCAUACGUUGACAUCGCUACCGGUGGUAAAAGGAUUUCCGUCAACAACAAAUAAAUUUAAUCAAAACAUCAAUGAGGAGCGGAAACUGGUUAUUCGUGAUCUUUCAAGCUCUUCGGGGAGUGUAAAACAUAUCCGUCCAAAACUGUUUUCAGUAUUUGCAUCUGUACAACAAGUUUGACACUGAAGGAUGAACCCUCAGGUGGCACGCAGGGGCAUCAGCGUCCAGCAGUCUGACCUGAUGUGUAAGAGAGGAUGCGGUUUCUACGGUAACGCCGUCUGGCAGGGCCUCUGCUCCAAAUGCUGGCGAGAGGAGAACCAGUGCACCAGAGCCAAGCAGAUAGAGGACGACAGGGCACUGGCCGAGAGGUUACAAAGAGAGGAGGAAGUGGCGUAUGCAAGCAGCCGUGAGGAGGUGCGUUCACAAACAGCCUCCUCCAAAACAAACAGCGUGCCCAUGGUGAAGAGGCUUUUUACCUCCGCUCCCAAAACACCCGCAAGGAGAGAUGCAGGAGCUCCAAAGACGUCUGUGAGCCAGAGCACGUCCCUCAGCCGACAGCCCAGCGCAGAAUGUGACCAUGUUACACAACACUUCAUUGACUUCCUGAAGACCUUCCAGAGACCUGGAUAUGACAUUUUUAAACAGUGCCAUGCCUUCGUUGAAAAUAUUGCACACAAAAAGGUGGCUGUAGGUGGUGAAAAUUUCACAGAUUCUGUGCAGGAUUUCUAUCAAAACAUGUCAGAAUACCUACAAGCCAACUUAAAAGGCUCUCCAGAUUUGAUGGAGACAGUGAUGGAUGAGGUGGAGCGGUAUGUGAUGGGUCGUCUAUAUGAGCAGCUCUUCUGCCCUGAUCACACAGAUGAUGAGAAGAAAGAUUUAGCCAUCCAGAAGAGAAUCAGGUCUUUGCACUGGGUGUCCAUUGCGAUGCUGUGUGCUCCAGUAGACGAGCAGAUCCCUAAAGUAUCAGACAGUGUGGAGAGAGCCAUAACAGACCUGAUCGACUUGGACUCUAAAAGGGUUCCUAAGGAUAAGUUGGCGUGUGUCACCAGGUGUAGUAAACACAUCAUGACCGCCAUCCAGGGCAGUAAGAAAGCUGCCGCCUCAGCAGAUGACUUUCUGCCCACUCUCGUCUAUAUCGUGCUGAAGGCCAAUCCGCCCCGAUUGCACUCCAACAUCCAGUACAUCACCCGCUACUGCAACCCCAGCCGCCUCAUGACUGGAGAGGACGGCUAUUACUUCACUAACCUAUGCUGUGCCGUGGCGUUCAUCGAGAAGCUUGAUGCGCAGUCGCUGAACCUGAGUCAUGAAGACUUUGAGCUCUACAUGUCUGGUGCGUCGUCUCCGUCGGGUCCCAAAGCCAUUUCAUCUGGCCACAGCUCACAGAACGGCUUCAGAGAGGAGCGCUGCACGGCUGCCCCACAGGUGGACCAAAGGACGGAUCUGGUGUCAGGAGCAGGGGUUCGACAGGAGCGGAGAGCAGAGGAGACGCGGCCUCUGGAAACGGACCUCAUCGAAUGGAGGGAUGGCCAGGAACUCUCAGUACUGGGCAUUUUGGAAGGGCCUCCCAUACGGACACAAACCUCUACCACAUUCACUAUUGACUCGGAUAACGUAGGCGGCGACAGUCUGCCUCCUCCGUUACAGCCGCAGAAGUUUGCAGGAUAGCUCCCAUCUUAACUAGGCACAGACUAACAACAACUGGUGAUUCGUUCCCACGGUUCUCUCUGCAGGUUAGUGGUGGUCUCUGUACCUGUAAUGGGACUGAACACAAUUCACACUUCAGCUCUUUAUAGGGUGAUCAGCAGUCAUGUCCCGUUUAUAUUUUACUCCAAAAUAAAAACAAAUAAUAAGAAGAGAAUUUGAAGUCUAGUUAUAGGACCAUUAUGAUUUUUUGAGGUGUUGUGAAAAAAAUAAUAACACUUGAUAUUAAGUAUUUAUACGUGACGGUGGUAUUGGCUGUACCGCGUUUCAUUUGUGUAAAUAUCAAUGUUAAAAAUUGUAUUGCAUUAAUGAGAAUCACUACUGAGAAUGAGAACCACAAAGAAAAAGAGAAAUGUUUUAUGUUGUUCUAAAUAUCAUCAAAAAAAAUCUCAAAAAUAGGCAUAAUUUCUAUUAAUUUUGGGGUGAAAUAUGGCGUGGGAAUGUUAUCAUGAAAUAUAGAUGUAUUGAUUCUCUUCCUGACCUCCUUUUAAAAUUUUCCGUUCACUUUAAAUAGGACAAGAAGAGUGUGAAUUUAGACAGACGGUGGGUGUAAGUUAUAAUUUGUUUAAAUCUAUUGUUUCUUGCACUGAUUUUAUUUCUUUAUGCAGGUCACUGAAGUUUGAGAAUGCAUAACUUAUUAGUAUAUAUAAUUUAUUUCAGUUUUUCCUGACUUUGGAUCUCUGCAUCCAAGUUUUCUGGCCGUUAUUUUCAGCAUUUGUGGUCUUUUGAAUGAAGGAUUAAUAACAAGGACGAAACUGGUGUGGGUUAGAUUAAUGUAACUACCCUUUUAGUAUAACUGAGAAUCUGGUGUGAAGUGAACUUUACUGUGGUCAUUGUUAUGCUAGGAUUUGUUAAGGCAUGCUGUGAUGAACAGUAGUUAUGCUACAGGCAAAGCUUGAAUCCCAGGUGUGGUUUAAUGAACACCAGCGCAUUAGUAAACAAUUUACUCGUACAAAAAAUGAAUCUUUAACAUGGUACUAUUUAAAAAUUUAUAACCAAAUAUUUAUUUUCUGUAUAUGUAACUUUCGAGAAAUGUUGUUACAGUAUGAAAAAAAAAAAAAACAUUUUAUGAUUUAGUGAGUUAAUUAUUUUAAACAUACCUUUUGACCCUUUGUUCUAUGAAAAAUAUUGCUUAUGCAUGCAAAGUUACAGUUUUGCUGUGGUAUGUGGUAUCCUGUUACAGACAGUUUGUAACCUCAUUUAGUCAUCUGAAUGAUCUGGGUAUGAAGCCGGAAAUAUGCUAUUUAAACAGACAUAAAUAAAAUGAUCUAC